AGGAGCAGCACUUAUGCAUUAUAGGACAGCUACGUAUACAACCAAAAAGUGUUAGGGUUAAUUGACGCUGAGCAUGAGUCGAUCGCCUGAGAUCAUUGACCCGGAAGGUCAAUAUGGGAAUAUAGUCAAGCUUUCUGAUGGGCUGGCAAUCUGUCAAUGGCUUCCGACCGAUGAUGCCUCGUCCUCACCACGUGGCAACAACAAGAAGAUUAGGGACGACCUCCGUGAUCGAAUGCCACAUCCCUACAUUAAUGCCGACGCCGCAUUCUGGGUCGCAUACUGUCAGGACACAUCGAACCAUGUCCGAUCGGAAGCAUGAUCGACGGAGACAGGCUCUCAAGGCCCGCUUC